GAGCUGUGGCCCUCAAGAACCUUGAAAUUAAAGAAAAUGCCCUGAGUCAACUGGAUGUACCAUUUAAAGAUAAAGUUGGUCAUAUAGGUAAUCUUAAACUUAUAAUUCCAUGGAAAAACCUUUAUACCCAACCAGUAGAAGCUGUAUUGGAAGAAAUUUAUUUACUCAUAGUGCCUUCUUCUAGAAUAAAAUAUGAUCCUUUAAAAGAAGAAAAGCAACUUAUGGAAGCAAAGCAAAAGGAAUUAAAAAGAAUAGAAGAUGCAAAACAGAAAGUAGUCGAUCAAGAACACCAUCGGGAGGAGAAACAGGAUACUUUUGCAGAAAAAUUAGUUACUCAAAUCAUAAAAAAUCUUCAAGUGAAAAUUUCUGAUAUCCAUAUUCGUUAUGAAGAUGAUAUUACAAAUCGAGAUAAACCGCUGUCGAUUGGUAUUUCCCUUCAAAAUCUCAGCAUGCAGACAACUGAUCAAUAUUGGAUUCCAUGUUUACAUGAUGAAACUGAGAAACUUGUUCGUAAGCUAAUCCGAUUGGAUAACCUUUUUGCCUAUUGGAAUGUGAAUUCUCGGAUGUUUUAUUUUAAUAAUUAUGAUGAGUCAUUGGACAGCUUGAGGGAUGGCAUUGUCAAGGAAAAUAUUGUUCCAGUAGGAUAUGAUUUUGUAUUUCGGCCCAUAUCUGCUAAUGCCAAACUUCAGAUAAAUCGCCGAUCAGAUUUUGACUUUUCUUCCCCCAAAAUAAACUUGGAUGUUGAGUUACAUAACAUAGCAAUUGAAUUUAAUAAACCACAGUAUUUCAGUGUUAUGGAGCUUCUUGAAUCAAUUGACAUGAUGACACAAAAUCUGCCAUAUAGAAAAUUCAAACCGGAUGUACCUCUUCACCACCAUGCCAGGGAAUGGUGGGCUUAUGCUAUAUCUGGUGUUCUUGAAGUAAAUGUUUGCCCCAGACUGCGGAUGUGGUCAUGGAAGCAUAUUAGAGAACAUAGGCAAAAAAUGAAGCAAUAUAAAGAACUGUAUAAAAAAAAGUUAACAAGUAAGAAGCCAGCUGGUGAAAUUCUCAUGUCUUUGGAGGAGUUGGAAAAAGCUCUUGAUGUCUUUAAUAUAACUAUAGCUAGACAACAGGCAGAAGUUGAGGUAAAGAAAGCUGGAUACAAGAUUUACAAAGAAGGGGUAAAAGACCCAGAGGAUAAUAAAGGAUGGUUUGGUUGGCUGUGGACUUGGUCAGAAUCAAGUACUAAAGAGGAACCAGAUAUUAAACCUGGAAUUCUUGAAGAAAUGUUAACCCCUGAAGAAAAAGCUUUACUCUAUGAAGCAAUUGGCUACAGUGAAACAGCAGUUGAUCCAACCUUGCCAAAAACAUUUGAAGCUGUGAAGUUGUCUAUUCACUUGAAAAGCAUGUCCAUUGUUCUGCGAGAAAAAGAGCAAACUCCUGAGCUGUUGGAUAUCAUAAUAGAAGAGUUUAGCACUUUGAUUGUGCAGAGACCAGGAGCACAAGCAAUAAAAUUUGAAACCAGAAUAGAUUCGUUUCAUGUUACUGGCUUACCAGAUGACUUAGAAAAACCUCGCCUCUUGUCUUCACUAGACGAUGCUAUGUCACUCUUCCAGAUUACAUUUGAGAUAAAUCCACUAGAUGAAACUGUUGCUCAAAGGUGUAUCAUUGAAGCUGAACCUUUAGAAAUGAUAUAUGAUGCUAGAACAGUGAAUAGUAUAGUGGAAUUCUUCAGACCUCCGAAAGAUGUACACCUAGAACAGCUCACUUCUGCGACUUUGACAAAACUGGAAGAAUUUCGAGAUAAGACAGCAACAGGUCUCCUAUAUAUUAUUGAAACACAGAAAGUUCUCUAUCUCAAAAUUAAUUUGAAGGCUUCAUAUAUUAUUGUCCCACAAGAUGGAAUUUUUAGUCCUACAUCAAAUCUACUUAUUUUGGAUCUUGGUCAUCUAAAGGUGACAAGCAAAACUCGCUCAGAAUUACCAGAUGUCAAACAAGGUGGGGCCAAUCUUGAAGAGAUAAUGCAUAGAGCUUAUGAUUCCUUUGAUGUUCAGCUUACAAGCAUACAACUGCUUUACAGCAGAGUUGGUGAUAAUUGGAAAGAAGCACGAAAACUCAAUGUUUCCACACAGCAUAUUUUGGUACCCAUGCACUUCAACGUGGAACUGUCAAAGGCCAUGGUUUCCAUGGAUUUAAGGAUGCCUAAAUUCAAGAUUUUUGGAAAGUUACCUCUCGUUUGUUUACGAAUCUCAGAUAAAAAACUGCAAGGGAUUAUGGAAUUGGUUGAAAGCAUUCCAAAACCUGAAUUUGGAGCUGAAGUAUCUGCCCCUGCUAAGUCCUUUCAGAUUUCAACUGCUACUUUGGGAACAGCACAGAUUUCACAGAAAAUAAUUCCUCUCUUGGAACUUCAGUCUGUUUCUGAAGACGAUUCAGAGGAGGAAUUUUAUGAUGCACCAUGUAGUCCCUUGGAAGAGUCUCUUCAAUUUCCAUCCUCAGCUAAAUGUAUUCGACACAAAAAGUUACAAAAGCGAGAUGGUGUAAAAAAUAUGACUGAGUUAAAAAUGCUGUUUGAAGUAGUGGAGGUUUUGAUCCAGUUUUACCACCUGGUUGGAGAUUGUGAACUACCCGUGAUAGAGAUUGAUCUUUUAGGCUUGGGCACAGGAAUUGAAAUUAGAACAUUUGAUUUGAAAGCAAAUGCCUUUUUGAAAGAGUUCUGCUUAAAAUGCCCAGAGUACUCUGAUGUAAAUAAGAAGCCAGUUUAUUUGAUUACAACACUGGAUAACACAAUGGAAGAUCUGUUAACAUUGGAAUACGUGAAGGCUGAAAAGAAUGUACCCAACUUAAAAAGUACCUAUAACAAUGUCAUGCAACUGCUUAAGGUUAAUUUUUCCUCUUUGGACAUUCAUUUACACACUGAAGCACUUCUGAAUACAAUAAAUUAUCUGAAUAAUAUCUUUCCACAAUCAGAGGAGAAACCAGCCUCAGUGCCUACUGUGGAGAGUGAAGACAGAGGAGAUGUCAUUAAAAAAUUAGCUUUAAAACUAUCCACGAAUGAAGAUAUUAUUACCUUGCAGAUUUUAGCAGAGUUAUCAUGUUUACGGAUCUUUAUUCAAGACCAGAAACGCAACAUUUCAGAAAUUACGAUCGAAGGGCUUGAUUCUGAGAUGAUUAUGAGGUGUUCAGUAACGGAAAUCAAUGCAAAGCUGAGGAAUAUAAUCAUUUUGGAUUCUGAUAUGACAGCUAUCUACAAAAAGGCUGUUUAUAUCACCGGAAAAGAAGUUUUCAGCUUCAAAAUGAUUAAUUACAUGGAUGCAACUGCUGGUUCUGCAUACACAGAUAUGAAUGUGGUUGACGUUCAGGUUAAUUUAACUGUUGGUUGCAUCGAAGUAGUUUUUGUCACAAAAUUUCUGUAUUCUAUAUUGGCUUUUAUAGAUAACUUUCAAGCAGCUAAACAGGCGUUGGCGGAGGCGACUGUCCAGGCGGCAGGAAUGGCUGCUACUGGUGUCAAAGAACUGGCACAGCGGAGUUCCCGGAUGGCACUGGAUGUGAACAUCAAGGCCCCAGUCGUGGUCAUCCCACAGUCACCGAUUUCUCAAAAUGUUUUUGUGGCUGAUUUUGGACUAAUUACAAUGACAAAUACAUUCCAUAUGAUAACAGAGAGCCAGAGCAACCCCCCACCUGUUAUAGAUUUGAUAACAAUAAAGCUGAGUGAAAUGCGACUCUACAGGUCUCAAUUUAUUAAAGACAAAUAUCAAGAAGUACUGGAUCUGUUAUUGCCAUUAAAUCUUGAAGUGGUUGUGGAGCGAAAUUUAUCCUGGGAGUGGUACCAGGAAGUUCCUUGCUUUAAUGUAAAUGCUCAGCUAAAACCCAUGGAGUUCAUUCUUAGCCAAGAGGACAUAACAACUAUUUUUAAAACUUUGUAUGGCAACAUAUGGUAUGAAGAAGGUGGUAGUGCCGUACCCGCUGCAUCGAAAGAGCAAAGCAGCGAUACUGUCGGAAAUGCUAACGCUCUGUACCCGUCAGAAGGAGCAACCAUGGUGACAGCUGCUGUGGUAGAAGUGCAUUCACGUGCCUCUCAGGUUAAGACGACACUAAACAUGAGUUUCAGAACUGAUUAUCUUACCAUGGUACUAUACAGUCCAGGUCCUGAAGAGACUUGCUUUACAGAUGUUCGUGAUCCUUCUCUGAUACUUGCUGAAUUUAAAUUGGAAAAUAUUAUAAGUACCGCAAAAAUGUACACAGAUGACUCAACAUUCUCUUCUUUCUCAUUAAAAAACUGCAUUUUAGAUGAUAAAAGGCCUCAUGUCAAGAAAGCAACUCCUCGAAUGAUAGGACUGACAGUUGGGUUUGACAAGAAGGACAUGAUGGAUGUCAAGUACAGGAGAGUCAGAGAUAGUUGUGUGACUGAUGCCGUCUUUCAAGAAAUGUAUAUCUGUGCAAGUGUGGAAUUUUUGCUGACCGUUGCCAAUGUCUUUUUUGAGGCCUACACCACAGGCAGUGUUGUAGAAACCAGUGUUCAGUCAUGGACUUCAAAGGAGGAAGUACCUGUACAGCAACCGGAAAAGUGGGAAAUUAAUACUAUUAUUAAAAAUCCUGAAAUUGUGUUUGUGGCUGACAUGACAAAGAAUGAUGCUCCUGCCUUAGUUAUUACAACACAGUGUGAAAUUUGCUGGCGAGGUGACCUUGAAAACAAUACAAUGACUGCUGCCAUUAAAGAUCUUCAAGUGAGGGCAUGCCCAUUUCUUCCAGUCAAGAGAAAAGGCAAAAUCACUACUGUUUUGCAGCCCUGUGAUUUGUUUUAUCAGGCUACUCAGAUAGGUACAGAUCCACAAGUGAUUGAUAUAUCAGUAAAAUCCCUGACACUGAAGGUGUCACCAGUUAUCAUAAAUACCAUGAUCACCAUAACUUCAGCACUUUACACAAACAAGGAAGCUGUCCCCGAAGAAUCAGCGGCUUCUGUAGCACACUUAUGGGAGAUGAUGGACACGAAGAAUCUGAAAAUGUGGUUUCUUGAAGAGUCAAAUGAAAGUGAUAGAAUACCUCCCACAGCUGACUUGGUACCUAAAGGAGAGAAGAUAAAAGUGAACAUCGAUUCCAUCUUUCUAGUUCUCGAGGCUGGAAUUGGCCACAGGACAGUUCCUAUGCUGUUGGCAAAGUCAAGUUUUUCAGGGGAAGGCAAAAACUGGAGUUCCCUAAUAAAUCUCCACUGUCAGCUGGAGCUGGAGGUACAUUAUUACAAUGAAAUGUUUGGUGUAUGGGAGCCUUUGCUUGAACCUUUAGAGAUUGAUCAGACUGAGGAUUUUAGACCAUGGAAGCUUGGAAUCAAGAUGAAAAAGAAAGCAAAACAGGCCAUUGUUGAGUCAGAUACUGAAGAGGAAAACUAUAAAGUACCAGAAUAUAAAACGGUCAUCACUUUCUAUUCAAAAGAUCAAUUAAAUAUUACAUUAUCCAAAUGUGGCCUUGUUAUGUUAAAUAAUUUAGCCCAGGCAUUUACAGAAGCUGCCACUGGCUCUUCAGCUGGCUUCAUAAGGGAUCUAGCACCAUUUAUGAUCGUAAAUUCCCUUGGACUUACUAUCUCUGUUUCACCAAGUGAUUCUUUUAGUGUACUCGGUGUUCCUAUGGCAAAAUCAUAUCUAUUGAAAAACGAGGAGAGUUUAAGUAUGGAUUAUGUCCGAACUAAGGACAAUGAUCACUUCAAUGCAAUGACCAGUCUAAGCAGCAAACUCUUCUUCAUUCUUCUUACACCUGUUAAUCACUCUACUGCCGAUAAGAUUCCUUUAACAAAAGUGGGACGACGUCUGUACACUGUAAGGCACAGAGAGUCGGGAGUUGAAAGAUCUAUCGUUUGUCAGAUCGAUGCAGUAGAAGGAAGUAAGAAGAUAACAAUUCGCUCCCCAGUGCAGAUUAGAAAUCAUUUUUCAGUCCCACUCUGUGUUUAUGAAAAAGACGCUUUAUUGGGAACUGCUUCACCUGAAAAUGAAUUCAACAUACCAUUAGAAUCUUACCGAUCACUCCUUUACCUGAAGCCAGAGGAUGAGGACUAUCAAAUAUGUGAAGCAAUUGACUUUGAAGAAAUUAUAAAAUAUGAUGGAGAGCUUCUAAAGAAGAGAUGUAGAUCUAUAAAUCCUUCGAAGAAAUCAUUUAUCAUGAAUAUUGUCCCAGAAAAAGAUAAUUUGACAUCUUUUUCUGUGUAUUCAGAGGAUGGUUGGGACUUACCAUAUGUACUGCACUUGUGGCCACCUAUCCUACUCCGCAAUCUUCUUCCUUACAAAAUUGCUUAUUAUGUUGAGGGAAUUGAAAAUUCAGUUUUUACUCUCAGCGAAGGACAUUCAGCCCAGAUUUGUACUGUGCAGUUGGAUAAAGCCAGGCUACAUUUAAAAUUACUGGACUACCUUAAUCAUGAUUGGAAAAGUGAAUAUCAUAUAAAACCUAAUCAACAAGAUAUUAGUUUCAUCAGUUUUACAUGUGUUACAGAAAUAGAAAAGACUGAAUUAGAUAUCGCUAUCCAUGUAACUUACAAUACUGGUCAGACAGUCGUGGCAUUUCAUAGCCCUUACUGGAUGGUGAACAAAACUGGUCGCAUGUUACAGUACAAAGCGGAUGGAAUUCAUCGAAAGCAUCCACCUGACUAUAAAAAGCCAGUUCUCUUUUCUUUCCAGCCAAAUCACUUUUUUAAUAACAAUAAGGUUCAGCUUAUGGUGACUGACAGUGAGUUAUCAGACCAGUUUUCAAUCGACACUGUUGGUAGUCAUGGAGCUGUUAAAUGUAAAGGCCCAAACAUGGAAUAUCAAGUUGGUGUUACUAUAGAUCUCAGCAGUUUUAACAUUACCAGAAUUGUGACUUUUACUCCUUUUUAUAUGAUUAAAAACAAGAGCAAAUACCACGUAUCAGUGGCUGAAGAGGGAAAUGAUAAAUGGCUCUCUCUUGAGUUGGAUCAGUGUAUUCCCUUUUGGCCUAUGGAUGCUUCUAGUAAACUUCUUGUUCAAGUUGAAGGGAGUGAAGAUCCUCCCAAAAGGAUAUAUUUUAACAAGCAAGAGAAUUGUAUUUUAUUGCGCCUGCAUAAUGAGCUUGGAGGUAUUAUAGCAGAGGUUCAUUUGGCUGAGCAUUCUACAGUUAUUACAUUUUCAGAUUAUCAUGACGGAGCAGCUACAUUUCUGUUAAUAAAUCACACCAAGAGCGACCUUGUUCAGUACAAACAAAGUUCUCUCAGCGACAUAGAAGAUUCCCUCCCUCCUGGAAAAGCAGUGUUUUACACAUGGGCUGAUCCAGUGGGCUCCAGAAAGCUGAAGUGGAGAUGUGGGAAAAGCCAUGGCGAAGUAACACAAAAGGACGAUAUGAUGACACCUAUAGAAUCGGGGAAAAAAACUAUUUAUUUAGUUUCAUUCUUUGAAGGCUUACAGCGCAUUAUUUUAUUCACUGAAGAUCCAAGGGUAUUUAAAGUAACAUAUGAAAGUGAGAAAGCAGAGUUAGCUGAACAAGAAAUUGGAUUGUCAUUACAAGAUGUUGGAAUUUCUCUUGUCAACAAUUAUACAAAGCAAGAAGUAGCCUAUAUAGGCAUUACAAGCUCUGAUGUGGUUUGGGAGACAAAGCUCAAGAAGAAGGCAAGAUGGAAGACAAUGAGUGUAAAGCACACUGAGAAGUUAGAAAAAGAAUUUAAGGAAUAUACUGAAUCCUCACCUUCAGAAGAUAAGGUUAUUGAAUUGGACACCAACAUUCCGGUUCGCUUAACACCUAGUGGUAAUAACAUGAAAAUUCUGCAACCACACGUAGUAGCUAUACGAAGAAAUUAUCUUCCAGCAUUAAAAGUGGAAUAUAGCACCUCUGCACAUCAGUCAUCAUUUAGAAUACAGAUUUACAGAAUACAGAUCCAGAACCAGAUACAUGGUGCUAUAUUUCCAUUUGUGUUUUAUCCGGUUAAGCCUCCAAAGUCAGUCACCAUGGAUUCAGCACCAAAGCCCUUCACAGAUGUCAGCAUUGUCAUGAGAUCUGCAGGACAUUCCCAGAUAUCACGUAUUAAGUAUUUCAAAGUGUUGAUUCAAGAAAUGGAUUUGAGAUUGGAUCUUGGGUUUGUCUAUGCUUUAGCAGACCUUGUAACAGAAGCUGAGACGACUGAAAACACAGAGGUUGAACUUUUUCAUAAAGAUAUAGAAGCUUUCAAAGAAGAUUAUAAAACAGAUUCAUUAGUAGAUCAAUCACAAGUCAGUCUCUAUGAAUAUUUUCAUAUAUCUCCUAUUAAGUUACAUUUAAGUGUCUCACUGAGUUCGGGUAGAGAAGCAGCUAAAGAUCCAGAACAGCAUAGAGGACUGAUUCCACUUCAUUCUUUAAAUCUUUUGCUGAAGAGUAUUGGUGCCACUCUGACAGAUGUGCAAGAUGUAGUUUUUAAGCUUGCAUUUUUUGAACUCAAUUACCAGUUCCAUACAACAUCUGAACUACAGUCUGAAGUAAUCAGGCACUAUUCAAAACAGGCCAUUAAACAGAUGUAUGUACUCAUUCUUGGACUUGAUGUUUUGGGAAAUCCCUUUGGGUUGAUUAGAGAAUUUUCUGAAGGUGUAGAAGCAUUUUUUUAUGAACCUUAUCAGGGAGCCAUCCAAGGUCCGGAGGAGUUUGUAGAGGGAAUGGCACUGGGACUUAAGGCACUGGUUGGUGGAGCUGUUGGUGGAUUAGCUGGUGCUGCCUCCAAAAUCACCAGUGCUAUGGCCAAAGGUGUAGCAGCUAUAACUAUGGACGAAGACUUCCAACAGAAGAGAAGAGAAGCCAUGAAUAAGCAACCAGCUGGACUUAGAGAAGGGAUCACACGUGGAGGAAAAGGCUUAGUUUCUGGCUUUGUAAGUGGCAUAACAGGAAUUGUUACAAAACCCAUCAAAGGAGCUCAAAAAGAAGGAGCAGCUGGCUUCUUUAAAGGUGUUGGGAAAGGUUUAGUUGGAGCAGUGGCGAGGCCAACUGGCGGCAUCAUAGACAUGGCCAGCAGCACAUUUCAGGGAAUAAAGAGAGCUACAGAGACUUCUGAAGUGGAAAGUCUGCGACCUCCUCGGUUCUUUAAUGAAGAUGGAGUUAUCAGGCCUUACAGGUUGAGAGAUGGCACUGGAAAUCAAAUGUUGCAGGUCAUGGAAAAUGGAAGAUUUGCAAAAUACAAAUAUUUCACGCAUGUCAUGAUCAAUAAAACAGACAUGUUAAUGAUAACCAGACGUGGUAUAUUGUUUGUAACAAAGGGAACAUUUGGACAGCUUACAUGUGAAUGGCAAUAUAGUUUUGAUGAAUUUACCAAAGAGCCAUUCAUUGUUCAUGGGAGAAGACUGCGCAUUGAAGCAAAGGAACGGGUGAAGUCUGUAUUUCAUGCCAAAGAGUUUGGAAAAAUAGUUAACUUCAAGACUCCAGAGGAUGCUAGGUGGAUCCUCACAAAGCUAGAAGAAGCAAGAGAGCCUUCUCCAAACCUCUGAUGAAUAACACUGCUGAAGACUCACAGAAAUACUUCGCUGCAGCUUCUGUAAUAAUACCUUUCAAACCUUUUUGGGAACCAUGUCACAGAAUAUAAUGGGUAUUCUAGAAGCUCAAAAAAACUAAUCAGGAUCAGGUAAAACAGCUAAGUGAUUAAAAUAGCUCAAUUCUUUGGAGAUCCAUUCAGGCUUCCUACUUGAUCUAUACCUUGGCUGUAACUCUCAUUUUAUAAAAGAAGAAGCAUUUCUUUUAUGAAUCUGGUUUUCUCUGCAGCAGUAGAGAGGUUGUCCAUACGAGGUCUCCACAUGGAGCCAAGCUUAAUGUUCCUAGUGCACCUUUUAAACUUCGGCCGUGCUUGCUGCAGACUGCUGAGUGAUGGGCCAUGAUCAACUCAACCCGCCUCAGUGGGUGGAGAGAACUUUGGUGGUGAUUUCCUCAGAAUCAUGAAAUUCUUUUUACAAAUAAAUAUUUUGGUAUUACUUUUCUUAUUUUUUAAUAAUGGAUAGGUUUCAAUUAUACUUAGAAUGCACAGCAUGAUUAUGAAAACAGCCUCUUUUUUACGUAACAUAUAACAUAGAUGGAAUAAUAUCCAUUCAAGCCUCACCUUAAGAAAGGCUUGAAAGACCUGAUUCUCAUACUCAGAGAGAAAGUCCCUCUCACAACGUCAGAGCCUUAGAAAUACUUUCUCUAGCCAACUCUAUGGGUUCUGCUUGGUUUACCCAGUUUCUGUUUUUAAUAGAGUGUUGAUUUCAAAGGAAAAUUCCUAAAGCCUUACAAUACUCUCCACAUACUGGUAACAGGAAAUAAAAUUUCCAGCAUCAUAGAUAUAAAGAUAUGCUUCAGAACAGACAGCCGCUCCGUAAGUAAACGUACGUCCUCCGAAAGCCUCACCCAGUGACCGGUCCUAUUGGCAGCAGACUGAGAAUUUCGUGUUUCCUUUCUCUACAGCUCAGAAUCACUCUUAAAUGCACAGCUCAUGAGAUCAAGGGUCAUGGGCUGCACAUUAGCAAAAUAAGGACCUCGGUUUUCUUUUUUCCUUGGUUUUUGUCCAAGAUCUUUGCACCUUAAUAUUAAUGGAUUGUUUCACAUGAAAAAGGAUGAAUAUGUGAUUGUGAACUCUGAAGAGGAUGAUAAAGUAUCUUGUUUAAUUAUUGAGUAUUCAAUGCAUGUUGGAUGUGCCACCAAAUUAUUAUGAACUGUUUUUGGAAUUGGAGAUUCUGUAUAGUAAAUGGUUUUGAAAUUCUCCCCGGGCUCCUCAAACCCUUGCUUUGUUGUAAAAGCUAAAAUAAACAGCAUGCCAGAC